AAAAGGCUGUGACUGAUAGUCCUUUUUUCAUCUGCUCAUCUCAGACAUCUGCAGUUGACAGAUAUGGUCAUCUGAACCUGGCCUGUUUGUUUCAUUAGUAUCUGUAAUGCCACAGAUAGCCUGCUACAAAAGGAGAACAGUUAGCCUGUGCCAGGAAUACUCUAAUUAUUUUAGAAGAGCAGGGCAGUGUAUGUGUGCAGCUUCUUUGGAGGAAAUGCAAUGGAACGACGCAGUGGAAGACUAGCCAAACUCCAAAAGCAGAACGUCAGUAUCUACCGGGAGACAGGAGUGAGGAGAGUCUUCAAGAGAGCCUGGAAGAGUAAGCACACUUCUAAUGCUACUCAGACAAAACAAAAGUGCACCCCUUGGCAGAAGAGCUCCCUACAUAGUGACAGUGAUGCACACUUCACUGGAGCAGAAGACCAAAUGGAGCCUAACUGCCUAGUUUGUUCAGACUUGCAUGAAGAAAACAGCCAACAUGGUCCUGAAAUCAGCACAUCACUAGAGACUUCCAGCAGCCCUCUGGUGAUCCAGAAUCAGAGGCAGACCCUGCUAGCAAUUGGGCAUGGCUUUCACUUGCACUUAGAGGCCAGCAAACAGCAGAUGCAGUUGAAGCUGAGACACCAGAAUGUGAUUCUCCUGCCACACCUUCAGCAGGAACUUGUCUCCUUCCAAGAACAGUAUCCAUUAGGGUCCGUGAGAAGUUGGAUACAUGGCAAUGAUCCCAUUCACAGGGAGGAUUUUGCUCUGAAGUCAUCAGGUGCUUGUAUUGUGAAACACAGUGAAAGCUAUAGGACAGGAGCAUUUAUUUGUUUGUUUACAUUUUGUUGGGAAUAUGUCCGCUCUCCAGAUGUGAUUCUCCAGAGAGAUGAUAGCCCUGGGAAUUGCUGGGCGCUGCAUGGAUCUCAAGGGUACGUUGUGGUUAAGCUGUCCAAAGUAAUCUGUCCUGCUGUUGUGGCAUUGGAUCAUAUUUCUAAGACAGACUCUCUGACAGAAGAGAUAACCAGUGCUCCAAAGAAUUUUGCCAUCUAUGGAAUGAAAGAAGAUUUUGAAGAGGAAAGAACCUUUUUAGGGGAGUUUGUCUAUGAUAAGGAUGGCUCCCCUAACCAAAUGUUCAAGCUGGAGGUUGCAAACUUGGAGCACUUUGGAUACCUGCAGCUGAGAGUUCUGAGCAACUGGGGUCACCCAAACUAUACGUGUAUCUAUGGGUUUCGUGUGCAUGGGGACCCAGUACUCUGCACCUAUUGGUGA